ACAAUGUAUCUUAAAAUGUGAUUUUAAACCUAAUAUUAACGACCCUUCUAGUCUUAUGCCUAACCCUAUCUUUAAAUUAAGACCAAAAAGCACAUUUUUGUUUUCAUGAAUUACAAUAUAUUUCAACUGUGUGGCUGUGGUAAUUAUUGGAAGGGCAUCAACCGGGUCCGCGCCACCAACAUACGAAGGACAGCGUCGACCCCGACCAGACGUACAGAAACCUCGUAGAGCCAAAGAUCGCGUAUCCGUCGUCAGAUUAUCCUUUUCAGUUCUAAUUGCCUCAUCGUCUCGCAUAUUGCAGAUUGUCUGGGGUGAUGCUCUUCUAGAGCCUUUGGAAACCUGGCUCAACAAGGACACAACUUCACCAUGUCAGCAACCAUUCAGAGAAAGACUGGCUUGGCCAACUCUGCUGAAGCCAAGAAAACCGAGCUCAGAAUGAAUGAGAAGAAAUGCUCAUGGGCAUCCUACAUGACAAACUCUCCCACAGUGAUCGUAAUGAUCGGCCUACCUGCCAGGGGAAAGACCUACAUGUCUAAGAAACUGACACGAUAUCUCAACUGGAUAGGGGUGCCAACCAAAGUGUUUAACUUGGGUGUCUACCGCCGAGAGGCCGUCAAAGCUUACAAGUCCUACGACUUCUUCAGGCACGACAACAAGGAAGCCAUGGAAAUAAGGAAACGGUGUGCCCUGGUAGCCCUGGAGGAUGUGAAGGGAUAUCUAACUGAAGAAGGUGGACAAAUCGCUGUAUUUGAUGCAACAAACACAACAAGGGAGAGGAGAGACCUCAUUCUUGAUUUUGGAAAAGAGAAUGCAUUCAAGGUGUUCUUUGUGGAGUCAGUGUGUGACGACCCAGAAGUCAUUGCUGCUAAUAUUCUGGAGGUGAAGGUAUCCAGUCCAGACUACCCAGAGAGGCACAGAGAGAGAGUGAUGGAUGACUUUCUCAAACGCAUAGAGUGCUAUAAGGUUACAUACCAACCUUUGGAUCCCGAUGACUAUGACAAGGACCUAUCCUUCAUCAAGGUGGAGAAUGUGGGCCGGCGCUUCCUGGUGAACCGAGUGCAGGACUACAUCCAGAGUAAGAUAGUGUACUACCUCAUGAACAUCCAAGUGCACUCUCACUCCCUCUACCUGUGCCGGCAUGGAGAGAGCAAUCACAACAUGCAGGGCCGUAUCGGAGGGGACUCGGAGCUCUCCCCAGGAGGAAAACAGUUUGCUCAUGCCUUGCACAGCUUCAUUGAGGAGCACAAACUGUCUGACUUGAAGGUGUGGACUAGCCAACUGAGACGCACCAUCCAGACUGCUGAGGAGCUGAUUGUGCCCUAUGAACAGUGGAAGAUCCUCAACGAGAUCGAUGCUGGUGUGUGUGAGGAGAUGACCUAUGAUAUGAUCCAGAAAUCCUUCCCAGAAGAGUUUGCCCUGAGGGACCAGGACAAGUACCACUACCGCUACCCAGGGGGAGAGUCCUACCAGGACCUGGUGCAGCGGUUAGAGCCUGUCAUCAUGGAGCUAGAGAGGCAGGGCAACGUGCUGGUUAUCUGUCACCAGGCUGUCAUGCGCUGCCUGCUGGCCUACUUCUUGGAUAAGAGUGCAGAUGACCUGCCCUACCUGAAAUGUCCACUGCACACAGUGCUCAAACUCACUCCUGUUGCAUAUGGCUGUAAAGUGGAAAUGUUUUAUCUUAAUGUGAAGGCAGUGAACACACAUCGCGACCGACCACUUGAUAAUGUCCCGAGGGACGCAGCUCCCAUGCUGCUCCGGCGGAAUAGUUAUACCCCCCUGUCCAGUCACGACCAGUUCAAGCGGCCCAGGCUCUACAGUGCUGGCAACCGGCCCUGGCUCCCCGAGAUGCCAGAGGGGAUGCUGCAGCAAAGCCAACCUCGUAUAGGAAGCUGUUUUCUGACUCCCUGUGUGAAGGAGUCGACUAUGACAACCCAGAAACUAGUGGCUGUUUCCACUUCUGAGUGACUACGAAGUCACCUUCAUGUUCAGCUGGUGCCUCAGUAUCUCCCCGUGACCCUGAAGCUCAUCGUCAUGCUCUCCUCCAUUUCUCUGCAUGCCAAACCUCUGGAACAACUGGUGGAAUACUGCAACAACAAAAAAAGCAGUUGUAGAAACAUCUCAACGAUGAUCAUUGGAAACAGGAUGCACCUGAGCUCAAUUUCGAUUCUCAUAGCAAAGGGUCUGAAUACUUAUGGAAAUAAGGUGUUUCAACCUGUUUUCGCUUUGUCAUUAUGGGGUAUUGUGUGUAGAUUGCUGAGGAUUAUUUAUUUAUUUAUUUAUAUUCAUUUUAGAAUAAGGCUGUAACGUAACAAAAUGUGGAAAAAAUCUAGUGGCCUGAAUACUUUCCGAGGGCGCUGUAUAAUUUUAGAUUAGAAGUUAGUCCAGUGCUCUUUAAAAAUUAAAUUAUUGUAUACUGAAGUUGUCACAUUUAUUAAUGUUGCAAGUUAUUUCCUGUGCCUUUUGGGGCAUGCUGAAAGCCUUGCUGGAAACUCAUCUGUUCUGUGCAUAAUAAAUAUGUGUAUAAUCAUACACAUGGUUCCAAAUAAAUGUCAAGAGGUGUGACUAUAUAUUUGAUAGUUUUCCAAGGAUAGCCUGCUCUGCUCAAGAAUGUACUGUAUUCAAUACACGGCUGCGUGAAUUUUAACAUGCCAAAUGUUGCCUGUUGAUAUGGACUUCAUUGCAUCAAUCAGCUAGUUUAGCAUUGUUGAAUUGUAUUUAAGACGUUUCUCCAGUAAUUGUAUUAAAGAGUCAAUGAAGAUAUAAAACAGG